AUCCGGCAAUAAUAGGAUGGCGGAAAAUUUGAGAAAUGAGGGAGAGAAGAGAUUUUGUUAUGCAAUUUUCAAGCAGAUGACAUGUGGAUUAUCCUGAUUUUCUUUAGUUGCUUUGAGGUCUGAGAGGGACAUGUCUGAUGAGAGUGAUGAUGAAUUAAUAGUACUACCUCCCUCACCUGGAGUUGCCCAGCCUUCUUCGUCAGCUAUUCACGAUUUCGUCACUGAAGCAUCAUCACAGAGGACCUCCUCCAACUUAACGUUUGGGCGAUCACUUCAGAGCCUCUUUCGACAAAGAGAGGGAUUUUCAGGACCUAGAAAUGAUGACCCCCCUUUACCUUCGUUGGUCAUACCAGAAGGAAAUGUUCUGGUUCCCCAUGAGAGUGGAAGUAAUGUUGCGGUAAUACAGCCAUUAGUUGAUCAGGUUGUAGUAGAUGUUGACAACAGCUCCCGUGACAGUGAUGUGGUGGAGAUACAGUCUGGAAGUGCAGAAAACUCAGACUUUAUAGAAGAUGACACUGACUCAGAAAAUGAAGUAAUUGAAAUUCUAUAUCAAGAAGAGAGAUCUGACACAGAAACGCUUCUGCCAAGUAGUCCUGCUGAUCUUGAGGAAAAUGAACAACAGGCAGGUCCCUCCUCUGGUCCAACAGCAGCAAGUGUACCCCCAACUGGUCCCUCUGGUCCAACAGCACCAAGUGUACCCCAAACAGGUCCCUCUGGUUCAACAACACCGAUUAUACUACAGACUGGUCCCUCUGGUCCAACAACACCGAAUGUUGCACCCUUGAAUAUCACUUCCAACUCUUCACUCCUUGGAACCUCUGCUGUGAGAGCUUUGUCUACCACUCAUGAUUCCCCAGCUGAUUUCCGGUCACCCAAACGAAGGAGAAUGGAUUCCAGUGAGACAGGGACCACAAGCGGAGCGGGUCCGACUGCUUGUACAGAUGAUGAUGACGAUGAUGCAAAUACUUGUCCCAUCUGUUUUGAGGAGUGGACGACAUCUGGUUCCCACAGACUGGCCUCUCUCCGAUGUGGUCACUUGUUUGGACAUAGUUGUAUAGACAAAUGGUUGAGGGGUCAGGGCGGAAAGUGUCCCCAGUGUAACGCCAAGGCCAAGAGACAGGACAUCAGACUAUUGUACGCCAAGGCUAUCAAGGCAUUAGAUACAUCAGAGCGUGACCGUGCCCUACAGGAUCUGGAGAAGGAAAAGGAGGCGCGACGUCGAUGUGAAAUGGAGGCUGCUCAGACACGUCUACAGUAUCAACUAUCAGUGGAGGAGUGCAACCGACUCAAAGCUGAACUGGACAGGGUUACCCAGACAGUGCAAUCGCUCAGGUCCCAGGCGUCCAGUAGCAGUCUACCUCUGACCCAGACUAGUCCUACAAGACAGAUCCAGGCCAGACUUAAUGGUCAGUUCAUGCUUGAGAAAACCAUCAAGAUCUGGGAGGCGGGUAACUGUCGUGUAAUGGACUAUAGCUCCUCUCUGGCCACACUGGUUGUGUCUCAGCCCUCGGCCAGCCCACUGUUCCCCGGGUUUGGCAUCAAGAAGGUCAGUAUGAUGGACUUCAAGACAUGUCAGUAUUUGACUCUCCACACCAAGGCUAUCCGUGAUGUCUGCUUUCAUCCUCUGGUGGACGAUGGCAUGCUGCUUAGUGCAUCAAUGGACAAAACUGUCAAGAUGACAAGUGUCAUCAGUAAUGCUGUUGUUCAAUCGUACGAGACACCACAGCCUGUGUGGAGCUGUGUAUGGAAUACUGAUGAUCGCAACUACUUCUUCUCUGGUCAGAGUAACGGCACUGUUCUGGAGUUUGAUAUCAGAAAUACUGCAGAAUAUCUCAGGGAACUUAACACUGAAGGUCAUAGGUCACCAGUCGUGUCCCUGGAGUACAUCCCGAGGGACUCACAGGCAAUCUUCAGACCUGGUGGUAUACUGGUAGGACAGUUGGCCCAGGUCAGUUUUUAUGAGCGUAAGUCAGACGAUCAGUACAGGCUACAUAUGCUUCCCCUGGAUGGGACCUUGUCAAGUCUGUGUUUUGAGCCAACCACCAGAAACCUGCUCGCAAGUUUCAAACCUAAUUCUAAGUACCCAACCACUCGACAUCAGAUGUGUGAGAUGUCAUCAACCACUCUCAACUCCAGCACUGACUCGGUGUGUACCUGUAACAUAAUCCAAACAUUCCAUGGAGGACGGACUCAGGCCAUGCUAUCCAACUCCCUCCUACUCCCCCACCCCGGGGACAAUAGCCGACUUCUUGUAUGUGCCGGGGAGGAGGCCUCUUCUGCAAUGCAUGUGUGGGAUUGUGGGACCAGUCAGAUGAGCCAGAGACUUCACACUGGUGGGGUAGUGGUGGAUAUUUGUGCUGUACGCAGUAACCAACAUGAUUAUGUUGCGGCUCUCACUGAAAAACAGGUCAAGAUCCAUAAGUGGUCAUGAAAUCUCAAUAAAACCCUGGUUGGCAGGGGGAUUAGGCAUGUGCACUGAAGAGGUUGUUUGGAAAUGUGGACUUCAAGUCAUUUGUAUGUGAAAUGAGUUCACACACUGAAAGAAAUCCAAGAAAUCCAUGAGUACUAAUAUGUGAAAUGAGUUCUUACACUGAAAGAAUUGUGAAGAAUUCCUGGAAGGAAUGUGAAAUAGCUCCAUACAUUACAUGUUGGCCAUCCGUAGCUCUUGUGUUACUUAGAGACUGAGCAUGCAGAUUUUGACCUGUGUGAGCUAACCUGUCGCAGAUAUGUGAAAAUUUACACAUACUCACAAGGAGUCUUUGUGUAUGUUGAAUGUGCAGAUUUAAGCUAGACAUUUAUUUUCAUUUGCUGCUCGACUCUAGAAGUUUUAUAAAGGAGAGGAUUUUCAGGUUUCUACAAAUAGUAGAGAGGAACGCUGAUCCCUGUAUCUUAAAUCACUUUAUCACUGCUGUUCUGUUCUGUUUUGUUCAUAACAUGUAUAACACAUUAGUCAAUUGAUAUGUCAAAAGAAAGAGAGUAGAUAUGAAAUCAUUGACUUACAGUGUUGGGAGGUCAUGUUGAAGACAAUACACAUGAACACAGGGAUUUGGCAUAUUCCCAUGGUACGAAUGAGUGUAUUAUAAGUAUACUACACAUAUAUGGAGUUGGAAAGUUGUGCCAAGUUCCUGUGAAGAUGAUGUCAGGCUCAGCAAUGAUACAUAAGUCAUAUUAAUGACAACAAAUGUGCCGCCUCUGUCUUCAAUAUCAAAUUGAAAAGGAUAUAGUUGUUGUGUAUAAAUUUCAUUUCUUUCAUGGUUGCUAUGGAACCAUAAAUAUCGAUACAAAGAAUAUUGUUGCUAUUAUUUAUAUCCUCUAUACAUGGGCUAACCAUCAAAGUUUGUACCUAUGUGAUAAUUUGAAAGCUUCAAACGACGAAAGUAAGUACACAUGAACAUUUCAGUAGUAGAUAAUGUAGAAGACUUGACGAUUGUCGCUGGUCAUAGAAAAUAUGUACUGGUAUAAUGUUUCGAGAAAUGUCAUGUAUAGAACAGAAGCUCAUUUUAGAUCCUUAAUAUACAGAGUGUACUUCCUGAUUUAAGUUCUAAAUGAUUUCAACUACCUCUAGGUACCACUACUACUACCAAACUGUGUUCAAACAUGACGUGAACGUUUUUACUCUUAACUCUUUAAUACUAUCAUGUGAUGAUUUUUUAAAUAUCCAUAAUGUUAACAAAUAUAUGUAUGGAUUGUAACAUUAUUAAGUGAUGUAUGUCUGCAGAACAGUUGUCCAUAUUUAAGUGGUUUUAAAUGAAGAAAUCUUGUCUCCCUUAGUCCAAACCUAAAAUAUUAUACUUUAUGCCAUUCACUGAAGUCCUAACCUAAAAUGUUACGUUAUGCCUUUCUCUGCAGUCCAAACCUAAAACAUUAUACUUUAUGCUAUUCUCUGCAGGCAAAACCUAAAACAUUAUAAUUUAUGUCAUUCUCUGAAGUGUAAGCCUAAAACAUUACUUUAUACCAUUAUCUACAGUCCAAACCUAAACAUUACUUUAUAUCAUUAUCUACAGUCCAAACCUAAACAUUACUUUAUACCAUUAUCUACAGU